CUUCCUCCAGUCAGCGCCGGUCUCACCCUUUACCACGUCGCUCUUGGCCGCGGUACUCAAAAUUACACCUGCACCCCCGGUAAUGACACCGCCGCACCUGCUGCCAUUGGUGCCGUCGCCAAUCUGUUCAACUCAACGUGCAUGGCCGCAACCAACGCCCCAAUGCUCGCCCUCAUGACCCCGACCGCCGUCAACUUGCCCAACACACCCAACGGUGGGCUCUACCCCGGUCUUUCCGGCCACCACUACUUCACCGAUAAGACAACCGCCUACUUUAACCUGAAGCUCGACGACACCAACUAUGGUCAAGGCGCCUUCAAGAAGAUCGCCGCCGUCCCCGCGCCCGCCGAUGCCAUGAAGGGCCCCGGCAACCAAGGCAACGGUGCCGUCCCGUGGUUGAAGCUUGUUGCAAAGGAUCCCAAUGACACCACCAUGGCCUUCACCGAGAUCUACCGUGUCAACACCGCUGGUGGUAACCCGCCUGCGACAUGUGCUGGCCAGCCUGAGUUCUUCCAGGUCGAGUACAGUGCUGACUACUACAUGUACUCAAAAUAA